GGCCACCACACUGGGAGAUGACACCGACAAUAUUGAGGGUCUGUUUGCUCGUUUCAACGAAGGUCUCCAGGACAUCAUCCGUGAUCCGCGUGAUUUGGCCGAACUGCUUCUCUACUACUCCAUCCGCCUGCUUGACUCGGGAGGCCAGCCACAGUUCCACGAGAUCGCAUCCAUUGUCUUGCCAGCUGUCACGGGCAUCAUCUCAGUCUUCAAGCUCUCUGAGCCUCUUGCUGUUCACGGAGAGGUGGUGUUCUACAAGGAUGGGGUACAGGCCAACGAUCCUUACAGUCGUACCUCACCAAUGAGCAAGUGAUCCGUCACGAUCUCCUUGCCAUCCAGUCGGAGGUUAGCCAGAAAGGGACGGAGGAAAUGGCCAAUCUCGCGUUCGUUGGCACAUUCCUUGAUAAGCAAGACGCCUGUCCUGAAGAAACUCCCGACCAGAAGGACGAGCGGCUGCACUCCAUGAUCACCGAGAUCCUCUCGAAGGACAUGCAGCAAUGCGUCAUUAGCAGUGGGUCUCUGCGACACGUACAUUCAGGGUCAAUACUAGAACACCGACAGAAAAGGAUUACAAAACAGCGGGACAGCUGAAGGAUGCACUCAUGAGCCAGUCUCGAGUCAAGCCCAGAAACCUGCCUCUCAAGUGGUGUGGGUUCGAAGUAGCUCUUCGCAAAAUGAUGGAGCAGCUCAACCGUCAGAUUCUGAGUCUGCAGGAGUGCGAGUUCAUUGGCUCCAAGCUUGGCUUCGAUCCCCCAUCCCUGAAGGCGUGCCUCAACUACUUGCGUGAGCUCCACAUCCUAUCGUUCUACGAUGCCCUGCCCAAUGUCAUCUUUGGCAGUUGCCAGGUGAUCCUGGACAAGAUCACUGAGCUUGUCACCUACAGCCUAGAGCUGAAGAAAGGGGAUCGGUUUAGCACUGGGGUCGACCGAAAGUUCCACCAGCAGGGAAUCCUAUCGCCUGGACAUCCUCCAGUCAAAAGCCUGCUCCAAGCACUACAGUAGCAAGUAUUUCGUACCAGAGGACCUGCCGAAGGUUCUCAAGUCGCUUUUCAUAGUCACAGAGGUAGGGCCAGGGGAGUACCUCAUGCCUUGUGUUCUGGAGGUCAACGACAUCCUCCCAUCUCCCCCAGUUCCUAAAGGCAACGUCCGAUCUUCCUUUGUCCUCCACUUCUCCAAGAAGAGCCCAAUGCUUGGAAUCUACUGCUGCACCAUCUCCUACCUGCUGACUGCGGCUGGCUGGAAGCUGUUGACAAGGGAUGGGGAGGUAGUUCAGGUAGCUAGGAACAGCAUCACUUUCGAACUGCCUCAAAAUCUUCCCGGGAAACUGACUUUCCUCGAUCCCCUUUCCUCCUACCUGGAGGUAGCUGUCGAUCUUCCAGCUGCUGUGGCUGCACAGCACAGCGCAGUGCUCUACAAGGAGAUUCACGGCACGUUUGUCGAAGCAAUGAAGAGCGCAAUGAAAACCCUCCACUAUGAGGUGAGGACACCAGAACUGUCCUUCCUGUGCCCUGAGCAGAGCUCUCUAUGCUCCGCCUUCCCUCAUCUUGCCACACUCAAUACCACUCACAGCUUUCUCACCUGCUCCCUCAGUCCAGACUGCGUGGCCCAUCCUCUCACUCCUGACCAGAAGAUGUGGCUCACCACUCCUGCAAAAGGUCCUGAAAAGAAGACAAAACCAAGACGACAGAAAAAAACCACUGCAGCUCCUCCUAUAUCAAUCUCAGCUGAGAAACCAGAUCUCCUCCAACUACUUGAAAUCAAUUUACGUUCCCGAGUUGCACCCAAGAUCGAUGAUUUCGGGACAUUUCUCCUCCAAGACAGUCUCGGGAACAAGAUGGAGAUUAUCAGACGCAAUCAUCAGGGAAGAGUGGAGAAGAUGACGAUGGAGGUUCUGAGGGAGUGGCUGGCAGGGAAGGGGGUGGAGGUGUCGUGGGAGAGCCUCAUAGCAACUCUGAGGAAGAGCAAACUGAAGCUUAUGGCCGACCAGAUUCAAAUUGCUCUGGACCAACUAAGAUCUUGAUGCAUUGUGCUCCUCACUUUUCAUGUUGACAAUGUAUUAUGUUUUUGUAAAUUACAAUUUUUGUAUCACUCCUUAUUUUUUAUCAUCUUUUUUGACAUGGUCUGACAUGAAAAUCACAUUUAGUGUGUGACAUGCUUGUACAUGAAUUUUUUACUUUUGUACUCCGCUCAUUCCAAGUAAAUAUCCGAGAGACGUUCUUCAGCGCAUUACGCAUGCGCUAUAUUUAUCCGCGCAUCUCCGUAUACUAGAAAAGUAGACCUCGCCCACCGUUCCGGAUAUCCCAGCGAGCGUGGGGCUCAGGUUCAUCUCUUCGCCAUUUCUCUCUCCCCGCCCCGUAUCCAGGCACGCUCUCUCUCCUCACCCGGCCAGCCAGGCUCCAUCUUUAGCUUCCCCACUCGUCCUCGUAUCGAGAGGAAAGAAGGACAGCAGUA